UACGCGUGUGGGUUUUGCAAUUCAUCUUUUUUUUCUCUCCUCAAGUUAUCUUGGCAUAUCAAGAGUUGGCUCAGCAAUGCGCCAAGCUCUUCACCCAAAUCAUGACCCCUUUGGCAAGCGGUCGUAGGCUUCAGCGUCUGCUUCUCCUAGUCGUUUUCUUCCUUGUCUUUGCCUACCUCUCCUAUCCUUCAUUAUCUCGAUCUCAGGGAUGGCAAGAUGCAGAACCAGUUGAAGAGUACAUACCAACAAGUUUCGACUGGGCAAGUCGGCCAAUGAAGAAUCCGAUACCUGAAUCCUCACUUGUACAGCUUCCCAAAGGCCCUCCCCGUGAGCUUCCGCGUAUUCAAUAUGCCUUCACCACAGACGAACUUGGCAAGGCGCAUAACGAGACCCAAUGGUAUCGAAGGGAUGCCGUCAGAAAGGCCGCUCAAAAAUCAUGGAAGUCUUACCGAGCGUUUGCCUGGCGACAUGACGAGCUCGCUCCGCAGUCGUUGACUGGAAAGGAUAGCUUUGCUGGAUGGGGUGCUACCUUGGUGGACUCGCUCGACACUCUCUGGAUCAUGGGGUUGAGGGAGGAAUUCGACGAAGCUGUGCGCGCGGUGGGGGCCAUCGACUGGAAUAAGUCAUCGUCUUCGCAAUGCAGCUUGUUUGAAACAAACAUCAGAUAUCUCGGCGGCCUACUCUCAGCCUACGACUUGAGUCGCCGGGAGAUCCUCUUCAAGAAAGCGGUAGAGCUAGGUGACAUGCUCUUCGCAGGCUUUGACACUCCCAACCACCUACCUGCCAACUCUUAUGACUUCAAGAGGGCUAAGAAUGGUGAGCUUAGUGCCUCAUCACGCCAGUCCCUUGCAGUCCUCGGCUCCAUGUCCAUGGAAUUCACCCGCCUCUCCCAAUUAACCGGUGACCCCAAGUACUACUCCAUCGUGGAGCAGCUGAAAAAGGACCUUGAAAAGACCCAAGAGCAAACCAACCUCCCCGGCCUCUGGCCAAAGUACAUCGACCUCAUAGGAGGAACCCGCCCCAAGUCCGACACCCUCUUCACCCUCGGCGCCCAAGCCGAUUCCGCCUACGAAUACCUCUCCAAGACCUACCUCCUCCUCGGCGGCCUCGACCCUUCCUACGAACUGAUGCACGUCAAAGCCAUGGACGCGGCCGUUAAGCACCUCUUGUUCCGCCCCAUGCUCCCGUCCGGCGACGACGAUACAUACGAAGCUGGGUCUCCUCCUCCCGAUAUCCUGUUCUCCGGCAACGCCGUGUCCACCCAACGCGAUAAAUCCAAUCUCCAGCCGCGCGUCCAACACCUCGGUUGUUUUGCCGGCGGUAUGUUUGCGCUGGGCGGUAAGCUCUUUGACAGGCCCGACCAUGUGCAAAUCGGCGAGCAAUUAGCCCGGGGCUGUGCAUGGGCGUAUGAAGCCUUUUCCACUGGCAUCAUGCCUGAGGUUUCCGAGCUUGUGCCGUGUGACAAGGUAGAGCGUGAGGCCGAAGAAAAUGACGACCAUCUCGCCCAAUGCCCAUGGAACGAAGCAAAAUGGCGACAAAAGAAAAAGAAAGCCGCAGCCGCCGCCGCCGCCGCCGCUACAGCAGCUGCAAUGAACACCCGUUUCGCGUCAGAUACCAACUCCCAAACCACCCUCCCAAAACCUUUUACCAAACUCCUCGACCCCCACUACCUCCUCCGCCCGGAAGCCAUCGAAUCCCUCUUUGUCCUCUACCGCAUAACGGGGAAAAAGGACCUUUUGGACAUCGCCUGGCGCAUGUUCCAAUCCAUCACCAAGGCCACAGAAACUAAGUUUGCCUUCUCCGCCAUCGAGGAUGUGCACAUUCAAAAUCCGGGACAGCCGACCACCAAAACCGACUCGAUGGAGAGUUUUUGGAUGGCGGAGACUUUGAAGUAUUUCUAUUUGAUUUUUAGUCCCGAGGAUGGCGCUGCGGAAGGGUCCGGUGGGGAGGAGGGGGUGACUUUGGAUGGUUGGGUGUUUAAUACCGAGGCUCAUCCGUUUAGGGUACCGAGGCCGAUGGUUGAGGUGAAGGUGAGAGAGGGGGGUGAGGGUGAAGAAAAGUCGAAGUGAGGCGGCGAAGUAGACUGCUUUGCUAUUCCCU